CAGCUUCACGCCGCGAUGGAGGAAGCGGCCUCGUCGCUCUCGGUCCUGCAGCUCGCCUUCACGGCGGCGGUGGCGACCGCCGCGCUCGCCGUCGCCGUGGCCGUGGCGAGGUACAACAGGCGGUACCGGGGCCUGCGGCUGCCCCCCGGCCCACCCGGGUGGCCCGUCGUCGGGAACCUCUUCCAGGUGGCCUUCUCCGGGAAGCUCUUCAUCCACUAUAUCCGCGACCUGCGUCGGGAGUACGGGCCGAUCCUGACGCUGCGCAUGGGGGAGCGCACGCUCGUGAUCAUCAGCAGCGCGGAGCUCGCGCACGAGGCGCUCGUCGAGAAGGGUCAGGAGUUCGCGAGCCGGCCCCGGGAGAACACGACGCGCAACAUCUUCUCCUCCAACAAGUUCACCGUCAACUCCGCAGUGUACGGGCCCGAGUGGCGGUCGCUGCGCCGGAACAUGGUGUCCGGGAUGCUGAGCACGUCGCGGCUCCGGGAGUUCCGGCACGCGAGGAUGCGCGCCAUGGACCGGUUCGUGGCGCGGAUGCGCGCAGAGGCCGCGGCGUCCCCCGACGGCGCGUCCGUCUGGGUGCUCCGGAACGCGCGCUUCGCGGUCUUCUGCAUCCUGCUGGACAUGACCUUCGGCCUGCUGGACCUCCAGGAGGAGCACAUCGUGCGCAUCGACGCCGUCAUGAAGCGCGUGCUGCUCGCCGUCGGCGUGCGCAUGGACGACUACCUCCCGUUCCUCCGCCCCUUCUUCUGGCGGCACCAGCGCCGCGCCCUCGCCGUCCGCCGCGAGCAGGUCGACACCCUGCUCCCGCUCAUCAACAGGCGCCGCGCCAUCCUCCGCGCCUCGUCCCCGCCCGACCCCGACGUCGCCGCGCCCUUCUCGUACCUCGACUCCCUGCUCGACCUCCGCGUCGAGGGCCGCGACGCCGCGCCCACCGACGACGAGCUGGUGACGCUCUGCGCGGAGCUCAUCAACGGCGGGACCGACACCACGGCCACCGCGAUCGAGUGGGGCAUGGCGCGCAUCGUGGACAACCCGUCCAUCCAGGCCCGGCUCCACGAGGAGAUCGCGCGGCAGGUCGGCGACGCGCGGCCGGUCGACGACAAGGACACCGACGCCAUGCCGUACCUCCAGGCCUUCGUGAAGGAGCUCCUCCGGAAGCACCCGCCCACGUACUUCUCGCUCACCCACGCCGCCGCCCGGCCCGGGUGCAAGCUCGCCGGGUACGACGUGCCCGCGGACGCGAACCUGGACAUCUUCCUGCCGACCAUCUCCGAGGACCCGAAGCUGUGGGACCGGCCGGCGGAGUUCGACCCGGAGCGGUUCCUGUCCGGCGGCGAGGCGGCGGACAUGACGGGGUCGGCGGGGAUCCGGAUGAUCCCGUUCGGCGCGGGGCGGAGGAUCUGCCCCGGGCUGGCCAUGGGCACGACGCACAUCGCGCUGAUGGUGGCGCGGAUGGUGCAGGCGUUCGAGUGGCGCGCGCACCCGUCGCAGCCGCCGCCGGACUUCAAGGACAAGGUGGAGUUCACGGUGGUGAUGGACCGGCCGCUGCUCGCCGCGGUCAGGCCCCGGAGCCUCUCCUUCUGAUCGGAUCCGCAUGCCGUCGUCAGCUAGCGUGGCGGCACGCACGACGUCGUCGUUCGUACGUGUGCACGCGCAGCUAGUGGACAUGCAUGCAUGGCCGUGGGCCGUGGGCUGCAUGCUGCCUUGAUUUCCGAUCAGGACGCGUAGGCAACGUGGCGUAUGUGUAACUUGCUAGCUAUAGGUGCUCUCUCCUACCAGCGUACUAGUAGUGUGAGUUGGGAACGCCUCCAUGUGUGUGUGUGUGUGUGUGGUGUAGCAUACAUAAAAAAUGCUACACGUUUGCAUGUGUGGGUUU